AUGAAAUGUAUUCGUUCGCACGACGCCUUCAUACAUAAGUUUCUUCUUACAGUUCUGUUAUGUUUCUGUUUGCCAGGAGUCCGAGGAGAGAGAAAAUGUUAUUACCCAAAUAACACGUUGGCACCAAGCGACAGCGAGUGUAGUGCUGGCGCGGAAACAUCUGUUUGUUGUGGGAAAGGAUAUGUUUGUCUAGGAAAUGGUGUCUGUCAAAUCGAUCCAAAGAUCACAGGACCGAAUGCACGAUUUGCUGGAACGAUAUGGAGGGGGUCAUGUACGGAUCAAACAUGGAAUUCUCCAGAGUGUCCAAAAUACUGCGCAGGUUCGGUGGAAUCAGAAGGAGGCAACACUUCAAGUGGACAGCAGUUAGGGAAAUGCCCAGGCGUGGAAGACACUUACUAUUGCAAGACUGCGGGGGUUGAUUUUGAUUGUAGUGAUAGUAGCAAAGUGUUCCAGAUUAAAGGAGAAGAUAUUGCAGUAACUACCUUAUCACUAGUUGUGCCGACGCCGUCGACGACAACAUUGACGACAUCCACUUCGGCAGUUCCUACUGAUACCGACGACUCGACGAUUCUCACAACUCUUGUCACAACGCUGUUACCAGCACCAACGAUCUGGACCAUGACCACCUCGACGGUCCUGCCAACGCCAUCACUUGGAAACACAGCCACAUCAAGUACUACCAGCCCAACGAGCGUAGCCCCAAUCACCGCGAGCUCCUCAUACGCUAGCAGAAACGCCGUUGCAAUCGGCGUAGGAGUCGGCGCCUCCAUCGGUGCAGUCGCCCUCGGAAUCCUCGCAUUCUUCCUGAUCCACCGACACCGUCAGAAAUCCAAGGAUCUCAUCGAAGUCUACCAAGGUCCUUGGCCACCAGUAAACUCGGUUUUAUACCACAACGACUCGUCCACAGAUCUAUAUCAGAUUCACAGUCUACCGCGCGGUCGCUCAGUCAGUCGUUCGCAUCUCGAGUCGCUUAAUAGUCCGAUCGAACCGAUGUUUCUUCCGCCGAUAGUUUCACCGUUGCCGUUGUCGCCCAUUUUUACGCCGUUAGAACCGGUUGAGCGUGUUGGACAGGCGUUUUGA